AUGCCUGGCUGGGUCGAUUUUCUCUCCUUCAUCCUCACCGCAGGCCUCUUCGGCGGGGCCAUCGUCGCCGCCAUCUACGCCGCCAACGCCAUCUCCAAAGCCGCCGAAAACACCAAAGCAUCACUGAAAGCAAAGGGCGUCAACAUCUCCAAGUCCGGCAUGUCCGUCAAGACCUCCGCGCGCUACACCCGCGAGGACUACAUCGACGCGACCCAGCGCGGCUUCAUCAAGAGCAUCUCCGCCGCCUCCUUCGGCCAGCACGACCCCACCACCCCCCAGCCGCCCGUGCUCGAGCGCCGCGACUCGGCCGCGAGCACAAACAGCGUCGCGAGUAUCGGCGACAAGGAGCGCAAGCACCGCUUGUUCGGGAUGAGGAGGACCCACAGCAGCGCGGGGAGCGGCAAGUGA